UAUGUAUUUUGUGGAAGCUGUUGUGUGGGUUUAUUACUGGGACUCUCUCAGUUGUAAUCCCUGCUCCGUUCCGCGAUGGAAACCCAGUUCCUGCUCCUGCUGCUGCCACCGCUUCUCUACAGCUUCUGCCCGAGCUCCGGAGCCCCGACUCUCCCGGCCGUGCCCAGCCAGCAGCUCCCAAAGAGCGACCCCACUCCCGGGAACAGCCCAAAACCAACCACCCAAACCGGAGAGAGUUUUCCCCAGCACAGCACAGAUGCUGUGAGGAACAAAAAACAAAGAAAGGAAACGGUGAAGGAGACAGUGAGAGUAGUGAAGAAAAAGAAGAAGGUGAUAAAGGUUGUUGAAGAGGGAGAGAAAGCUCAGAAAGAGUGCCCACCUCUGGGAUUAGAAUCCCUGGGAGUCGAGGACAGUCAGCUGACAGCAUCUAGCAUCCUGAGAAUUGGGCUGGGACCUCAUCGAGGGCGUCUCAAUAUACAGGCUGGCCUCAAUGACGGUGACUGGUAUGAUGGGGCCUGGUGUGCUGGCAUAGAGGACACUGAACAAUGGCUGCAGAUUGAUUCCCGUCGCCUUACCAAGUUCACUGGGAUCGUUACACAGGGCAGAAAUUCCAUCUGGAGCUGGGACUGGGUUACCUCGUACAAACUGAGCUUCAGCAAUGAUACCUACAACUGGGUCACCUACAAGAAUGGCACGAAGGAUGUUGUCUUUCCUGGAAACUCCGAUCCGGACACUCCAGUUGGGACAAUUUUUCCAGUUCCUGUGGUUGCUCGAUAUUUCCGCAUUAAUCCUCAGAGCUGGUUUCCAAAUGGGACCAUCUGUCUCCGAGCAGAGAUCCUGGGCUGUGCCCUGCCAGAUCCAAAUAACUUCUUCUACUGGAAGCAGGAGAUGACAAGUUCUGAUGACUUGGAUUUCAAACACCACAACUAUCAGGAGCUGAGACGGGUGAUGAGGGAGGUUCGCAGACAGUGCCCAUCUAUCACGAGGAUUUACAGCAUUGGCAAAAGUUACCGUGGUCUCAAACUCUACGUCCUGGAGAUAUCCGACAAUCCAGGAGUCCAUGAAUUGGGAGAGCCAGAGUUUCGGUACGUUGCGGGAAUGCACGGGAACGAGGUUCUGGGCCGGGAGCUCCUGAUCCUAUUGAUGCAGUUCCUGUGUAAGAAAUACCUGCAGCAAGAGCCCCGCAUUGUGGAACUGAUACACAGCACCCGCAUCCACCUACUGCCCUCCAUGAACCCAGACGGAUACGAAAUUGCACAUCAAUUGGGCUCGGAGUUGUGUGGUUGGGCUAUCGGUCGUUAUACCCUGCAGGGCUACGAUCUCAAUCACAACUUUGCCGACCUGAAUUCCAUACUGUGGGAUGCACAGGAUGAAGCCGAGGAUCCCAGCCUGAUCUCGAAUCACUUUAUUCCAAUCCCAGCCUAUUACAAAUGGCCGAAUGCAUCAGUCGCUCCAGAAACCCGAGCUGUGAUUAACUGGAUGAGGAAGAUCCCAUUUGUGCUGAGUGCGAACCUUCAUGGUGGAGACAUGGUUGUUUCUUACCCGUAUGAUAUGGCACGACCCACUUGGCUGCAGCAGAAACUGACGCCGACCGCCGACGACACCGUAUUUCGGUGGCUUUCGUUCGUCUACGCAUCGAGCCAUCGAGCAAUGGCACAGCAUGACAGGCGGCUCUGCCACGGGGACAAUUUCAUGCAGCAUGGUGACAUUAUCAAUGGAGCAAACUGGCACACAGUCCCUGGGAGUAUGAACGACUUCAGUUAUCUUCACACCAACUGCUUUGAGAUCACGGUUGAGCUGAGCUGUGAUAAAUACCCCCACCAGACCGAACUUCCAGCUGAAUGGGAAAAUAACAAGGAGUCCCUUCUUAUCUACAUGGAGCAGGUGCACCGGGGGGUAAAGGGCAUGGUGAGGGAUCGAGGCAACAGUGGCAUCAGUGGAGCCAUCAUCACAGUCAAUGGGAUUGACCAUGACAUAAGGACAGCUGUAGGUGGGGAUUACUGGCGACUACUGAACCCAGGAGAUUAUGAAAUCACAGCAACAGCAGAUGGUUUUUACCCAGCGACUCAGACGUGUCGGGUCCGAUACAGUCGACGGCCAACAAUCUGUGACUUUGUCCUGACUGCGAGACCACGUGCAGAGCUCAGCAGCAAACAAGGUCCAGUGUCCAGGGGACCUGUGCGGUGGGUUCGCAAAACCAGAGGAAGGAGGAGACGGCAGUGAGCACUCACACACCACUCUCACACACUCAUCACUCUUCCACACUCACUUACACACACACUCACUAGCGCACGCACUCUCGUGCACACACACAAACACAUGAAUAGUCACACUCUCUCUCACUCUCACACACACUCACACACACACACACACACACACUCUCACUCACACACACACCUUUCUCACACACUCUCUCUCUCUCUCUAUCACACACUCACACACACACACUCUCUCUCUCUCUCACACACUCUCUCUCUCUCUCACACACACACUCUCUCUCCCUCUCACACACACACCUUUCUCUCACACACUCUCUCUCUCUCUCUCACACACACACACACACACACACACACACUCUCUCUCUCACACAUACUCUCACACUCUCUCUCACUCACUCACUCACACACACACACACUCUCUCUCUCUCACACACACACACCUUUCUCUCUCACACACUCUCUCUCUCUCACACACACACUCUCUCUGUCACACACACUCACACACACUCUCUCUCUCUCUCACACACAUACUCACACAUUCUGUCUCACUCACUCACUGACACACACACACUCUCUCUCUCACACACACACCUUUCUCUCACACACUCUCUCUCUCUCUCUCACACACACCUUUCUCUCACACACUCUCUCUCUCACACACACACACACACACACACAAAACUUUGUCUCACGCACACACACACUGUCUCUCUCGCACACACAACUUUCUCUCUCACACACUGUCUCUCUCACACACUGUCUCUCUCUCUCUCUCUCACACACACACACAGUCAGACACACGCACACAUACACACGCACACACCCACAGUCAGACACACACAGUCUCUCACACACCCCUGCCACAGAGGGGUUGGCCUGUCUUGCUCUGUCUCUGCGCCCCUAGGGCCUCUUCCUGGGAGUGAGCUGCUCUGCUUCAGACAUGACAGCGCUCCCAGUCAAGCUGUUCCAUCGGCCACCAUCAUCCUCUUCCGAAAACCCUUGGACAACACUCGGGACGCUGGCCCUGUCAAGAAAGGCAGAAUGAUCUACUUCUCUAUAAUCUCAUUUCGAAGCCAUUCAGCCCCUCAGCCUGUGUGAGACAAACAGGCAGAGACCGUUCGGCCCUCUCAGCUCUGAUGUACUAUCAGUGUGAAGGAGGGGGCACAAUGAAGUGAAUGGCUUGCUUGCUCUGGUUAGUCAGCUGUUGGCUGUGAGGGUGCUGGUUACCCCCAGGGCUGUCUAUUGCCAGAGUGUGCUGGGGCAUGGGUCACCUACAGCCACAAGGCAGCCAUGGGCUCUCUGUGGCCGGCAGUUGGAUUCAUGGAGCGGGUACAGUGCGCACGGAGGCUACUCGGCCCAUCGUACCUGCAGUGGUUCUGUGAUCUGACUACAACGCCCUGCUUUUGCCCUAUACCCCUGCACACCAUCUCUAUCCAAAUAACGAUCCAGUAUUCUACUGAAGCUGCCUCCAUCACACUCCCAGGCAGCACACCCUAACUACUCACUGUGUGAAACUUUUCUCUCUCAUUCCCCUCAACUCUGCACGUCACUUACAAUCCUGGCCCUCCUUGCUCUUAUUUCUUUUAUGAGCAGCAACAGUUCCGCCCCAUCUCCUCUGUCUCGCCCAUUCCUGAUUUUGACAACCUGGAUCAAAUCUCCUCUCAGCCUUCUGCUCUCCAAGGAAGGAGAACAGUCCCUGCUUUUUCAAACUGGCCUGAGGUUCCUCAUUGCUGGAUCCAAUCUGGAAAACUAGAAAACAGGAGCAGGAUGAGGCCAUUCAGCCCUUCAUAGCUAAUGACCCAACCCAAUAGCCUGUUCCUAUUCUUCCCCUCAUAUCCUUUCAUCCCUUCAGCCCCAAGGGCUAUAUUCCAAUCCCAAUUCCAUGUUUUUGCCUGCUUUUUGUGGCCAUGAUGACUCCUGGUUAAGGACUCCCCAGUCAUCAGGAAUUGCUGCUGUCUCGUCCUGUUAGAAUUUUACAGGUUCCUCGGAGAAGGCCCCAUCUCCUUCUAAACUCCAGUGAAUAUAAUCCUAACUGAUCCUGUCUCUCUUCAAACAUCCCAGGAAUCAGUCUCCGGAACCUUUGUUGCACUCCCUUCAUUGGGAGGGAUAAGGAGACCAAAACUGUGCACAAUAAUCCUGCUGUGGCCUCACCAAGGCCCCGUAUCACUGCAGCAAGACAUCCUUGUUCCUGUACCUGAAUCCUGUUGCUCUGAAGGCCAACAUACCAUUUACCGCCUGCUUACCUUCAGCAACUGAUGCACAAGGACACCCAGGUCCCGCUGCACACUCUCCCUUUCCCAGAAUAUCACCACGCGGAUAAAAGCCUGCCUUCCCGUGUUUAUAGCCUCACGCUCAUCCGCAUAACACUGCAGCUGCCCAGGAUUUCCGCACUCACUCAGCCUUUCCUAGUUACAUCUCUGCAUCCCCCUCACAGCUUACCCUCCCUCCCACCCAGCCAGCUUUGAGUUGUUCGCUGUGCUUUGGACACUUUGCCCAGUUUAGGCAUUAAAAACACUUUACCCAGCUGCUCUUGACUUUGAGGUGAGGAGAGGCACAGAAUUCAGUUUGUAGUUCUA